AAAAAAAAAAAAACAAAAAAAAAACAAGUAUAAAUAGAACCCCAACCCCUUCUCCUCUUCUUCAAACAAGAAACUUAUUAAGAUUAGUGUUUAUUCGAGUUCUCUUUCAAAAGCAAAUAUGAGUGUGGAGGUUUUGGACGGCGCCACCAUCCUCAGCUUCGUCGAAGACGCUGCGGCGUUCGACGUGUCGGUCGAGGACCGGUUCGCGAGCCUCGAUGCCGACCGGGACGGCCGGCUCACCUACAAGGAGAUGGCACGAGAGCUGAUGAGCCUCCGGGUCCUCGAGGCGCACUUCGGAGUCGACGGGCCGACGAUGGGCCCGGACGAGCUGGCGCGACUCUACCGGGGACUGUUCGAUCGGUUCGACCGCGACGGCAACGGGACGGUCGAGCUGGAGGAGUUCCGGGCCGAGAUGCGGGAGGUGAUGCUCGCGGUCGGCGACGGCAUCGGCUUCAUGCCGGUUCAGAUGGUGGUGGAGGAGGGCAGCUUCCUUAAAAAGGCCGUGGAGAGGGAGUUGGCUCAGAUGAACACUGCAUGAUGAUCACGGGCUUUUGUUUGCUACAAUCUUUUAUAGCUUCUCUACUCUAUAUAUAUAUAUAUAUAUAUAUACACAGCAUAUACAUGUAGGAAGGGAUUGAGACUUUCUUAUUUUCUAAAGCAAUAAAAGAGGCAUGCAGCUUUUAUAUUUA